AUGUUCAUUGAGAUUUUUACCAACUUUCGGAAUGAAUUCAGAAGAAGGCUUUUCUAUAGGAAGCCUAAAAAUGAAGUAUGCAGUUUCAGCCUCAGGCAUUAUGCACUACCCCUUGUACUAGAGAGCUCGAAACUUAUGGCCAUAGCCCGCAAGCUCCACAUCAUCAACACAUCCCAUCUUCGGAAUUCCGCAAUCGAUGGCGCCGGUCGAGGUCUUUUCGCCAAAAAGGACUUCCAGCCUGGCGAUGCCGUCCUCACGUUAGACAGGCCAUAUGUCGCAGAGCUGGACAUCGACCGCAUGCAUGAUUCCUGCGCCUGGUGUUUCCAAAGGGGCGCGGUGAGUGCAGAAGAGCGCAAGAAAGCUGCUGCUCUGGGAUUGCCGUCCGCGGUCAUUGACACCAAGGCAUGCGCUGGCUGCAAGAAGAUUCGUUACUGCUCCAAAACAUGCCAAGCCAGAUCCUGGAAACGAGAACACAAAUAUGAGUGCAAUGUACUCAAGCACCCGAACAGGCCGGAUCUUCCUCACGGUGUCCGCGCUGUCAUCAAGCUGCUUGGGCGACUCAAGGCCGAUCCGGAGGGCAAGGAUGAAUUGCUCCUCUCAAUCCUUCAAUUUAAGCCCGCUGCCGACAGCAAGGCUCUGGACUUCAUCAAGCAGCACGAUCCGCAACGAUUCGAGGACUUCAAUAUGCUUGGCUACGGUGCUUGGAAGUAUGCAGGAGAGCCCGAGUUCUCCCAUCCGAACAGUCCUGGUGUAAAGCUCAGCAACUCAGGAGAGGCAACGGCAAAGGCAUUCUUCUUCAAUGUGAUCAGCAAUCUUAUGCAGUUGAGCAAUCCCAUCGACGACACUAAACUCGGUAUCGGAUUUGACCCCAUCUUGAAUUCCUCGAACCACUCUUGCGAUCCAAACGCGGCUGUCGUCUUCAACCAGCCGCGUUUGGUGCUUCGAGCCCUGAGAUCGAUCAGCAAAGGCGAGGAGAUCUUUAUGAAGUACAUCGACGUCAGCAAUCCUUUCUCGGUGCGCCAAGCAGAGCUGAAGGAGUCAUACUUCUUCUCAUGUCGGUGUAGCAAGUGCAAGAAGGGCGCAAUCUUUGACGAAGACAAAUUUCUAAAGUCGCCGACGGAACUUUCGCCCGAAUUUGUUAAAGUUGCCGAUGGUCUGAUCAAGAGGCACGAGAAGCAACUCAGCAAGUUCUAUCUUCCCAUAUCGGAUGAGAUUGCGCAAAGACGAGCUGCUGCUCUCCAAGCACAGGCAUUCUCUGUCUCGGGUAUCACUUUCGACUUCAACAAAGGCAACGAGGAGGCAUCUGAGGAUGAGAUCAAGGAUGCUCUCAAACUCACACUAAACUCGGGUCUGUGGUCCAUCACCCGGCAACCUGUACCACACUUGCUACGUCAACUCCUGGUCUGCAACAUCUCGUCAGGUAGAGCAUAUCAGGCAUGGCGUCUAGGCUUGAAGAUGUACUUCGAGAUCGCGCCAAUCCUCUACAAGAAUCGGUCAUUUUACCCCGACCGCGUAGUGGAUCUCUGGUUAAUGACCAACAUCACAAAUCAGCUCUGCAAUCCUAACAACCCUCACGCUCGCGAGAUCUUUCAGGAGUCUAUGAAGUCAGGCCUCGACCUUCGAGUUGUCUUCACGGGCUUCCUGUUCCAGACCAGGGACAACAUUGAGAAGUCGUACGGCAAAGGGUCACCUUUUGGCCGAGUCGUUGAAAGCAUGUACGCUCAGACGAUGGCAAAUACAGACAUCCUUCUGAAAGAUAUGAAAGACAUGAUCAAGGAGACCUGGCCUAAGCUGGAGGCUGUGGCCAAAAGCAAUCAAUUCCGAAGCCGACCAAGGAAGAACCACCAAUAA